AUGUCUGGUAAACGCGUUGCAAUUAUUGGUGCUGGAGUAGCUGGAUUGGUAUCAAUAAAAAGUUGUUUUGAAGAAGGUCUGGAACCGGUAUGUUUCGAGAGACACAAUGACAUAGGUGGUAUUUGGUACUACACAGAACAGCUACGCAAAGGCCAAGCAGCUGCCACAUAUGACUCGGUAGUGACCAAUCACAGCAAAGAGAUGUCCUGCUUCUCCGACUUUCCGUUUCCGAAGGAGUGGCCUCCUUUUCUGUCGCGUCUGAGAGUACACGAGUACUUGCACAGUUACGCUGAUCAUUUUGCUCUGAAAAAAUACAUCAAAUUUAAUGCUGAUGUGAUGAAGAUAGAAGCGAACAGCGAUGGUGGUUGGUCGGUGACAAUUUCAAAUGGCGCUGGUGGAAAGACCGAAGAAGUAUUUGAUUAUGUGAUGGUGUGUACGGGUGUGUUUAGUAAACCACACUUCCCGUCAUACCCUGGAUUGGAGACCUUUGAUGGAAUUAAGAUGCAUUCUAAUGAGUAUCGUGAUUCAAGUAAAUUUAAAGACAAGCGAGUUGUAGUUGUUGGAGCUGCAUCUACCGCUGGUGAAGUUGCUUGUGAACUAGCUAGAAAUGGGUCUAUACAGGUAUUUUUAAGUAUGCGUAAUGGAACCGUGGUGAUUCCACGCAUUGGAGUGCAGUGCACACCUUGGGAUCUCUUGUGUUCAAGAUCAAUAGUGAACAGAGACAGGAUUCUUGACAAAAUUGCAAAAUGGCGUAUCCAAGACCGCACAAAAAUAGGUUUACAGUGUUCGGAACCUAUAGUAAAUAUAAAGUCACUUAUGGUGAAUGAUGACAUACAAGAUCGCAUCGUACAAGGAAAGCUGGAGCCUGUGGUCGGAAUUGAAAAAUUUGGGAAGAACAGUGUAACUCUUGUAAAAGGGAGAAUUCUGGAUGAUAUAGGUGCCGUCGUCUUUGCCACUGGUUAUCAAAUAACUUUUCAGUUUCUCAAAGACACUUGGGUGUUUGACGAGUCAGAUAAUCUCCAGCUUUAUAAACUGGUGUGUCCGAUUGGUGUGGAUGAACCAGACAGAAUGGCUUUGAUUGGGAUGUUUGCUCCAGGUGGAGCUGCAUUCCCAGCCUUUGAACUUCAAGCAAGGUGGGCCGUCAACGUAUUUGUUAAGCGUGUCAAGCUACCAAGUAAAGAACAAAUGCGUGCAUGUAUCCAGAAGAAACCAAAAUAUGGAAGAUUCUACCGUUCCAUAAGUACCCUUCCUUAUCAAGAAGAAUUGGCUGAGGAAAUUGGUGCUAAUCCAUCAUUCUGGAAAACGCUCAUGUACGAUCCGCGAUUAGCUAUGGCGUGUUGGUAUGGACCACAGGUUCCGUAUACGUAUCGCUUACAGGGGCCUAGAACAUGGGACGGCGCCCGUGAAGCUAUAUUUUCUGUAUGGGAAAACACCACAUGUCCUACGAACUCUUACAGGUCGACACACAUGAAGUGA